CUGCAGCCAACUACUUCAUCCUAACCCUUAACCCUUCUCCUCCGGUCUCACCGCUACGUUGCUCCUCUCUCUUCACCGAGCAUUUUCACCGGAAAGGCUAGAAGAGAGCAUUCGGGCUGGUGGGGCAGGCCUGAGCUGCAGGCCGUCCCAAGCAAGGCGGGGCAUGUCUGCCCGAUUUCUGUCAUACAAGAAAAAGGAAGACGACGUUAUCUACCUUCAAGACCCUUAUACAGAUUCAAAGACAGACUUCGACUUUUUGUAUCCGCCGUUCUUCUUAACCGCCCGCUCAAUUAGACUGCCGUCCGAAGUCAAACCAUAGCCCAUCAUCUGUGCCGAAGCAGCAUGACCAAACCGAAAGUUCUACUGCUGGGAGAAAUCGAACACGCACACGACUCAUGGAAUUCGCUUUCUACUCUCGCCGAAUUGAUCAUUCCCAAUGCCCGAAGCCGCAAUGAAUUUCUGGAGGAGUGCAAGAGCGGACAAUUAGAUGGGGUAUUGGUCGUAUAUCGGACAUUUGCCAGCGUGGACAUCACCGGGAGGUUCGAUAAGGAGCUGGUUCAGCUUUUGCCAAAGAGCUUGAAGUUCAUAUGCCAUAAUGGGGCCGGAUACGACCAAGUAGACGUACAUGUCUGCACAGACCGAGGCGUCAAGGUAUCAAAUACACCGAAUGCGGUAGACGACUCUACGGCCGACGUGAAUAUGUUCCUAAUGCUAGGCGCGCUUCGAGGUUUCAAUACAUCCAUGACAGCACUGCGAGAGGGAAAGUGGAGGGGUCACCCUCCUCCACCCCUGGGUCACGAUCCGGAAGGCAAGACGCUUGGGAUUCUCGGAAUGGGGGGGAUUGGAAGGAAUCUUAAGAAGAAAGCUGAGGCGUUUUCUAUGAGGGUUGUUUAUCAUAACCGCAAAAAGCUGCCAGAUGAGCUAGCCGGCGGAGCGGAAUACGUGAGCUUCGAAGAGCUACUCAGAAUCAGCGAUGUCAUCAGCUUGAAUCUUCCCCUAAAUAACCAUACCCGCCACAAAAUCUCCUCCAGCGAAUUCGCCAUGAUGAAGAAGGGCGUCGUAAUCGUUAACACAGCACGCGGCGCCGUCAUUGACGAAGCCGCACUAGUGCAGGCUCUAGACAGUGGACACGUCGCAUCAGUCGGCCUGGAUGUGUAUGAAGACGAGCCGAAGAUACAUCCGGGACUAGUCGCCAACCCGCAUGUUAUGCUAGUGCCGCAUAUGGGUACUUGGACAGUUGAGACUCAAACAGCUAUGGAGGAGUGGAACAUUAGCAACGUGAGAAGUGUGCUAGAGACAGGGGCGUUAAGGAACGUAGUGCCGGAGCAGGUGAAUUUGUGAAGUGACGUGAAAGUGAAGAUAGAAGCUGCCAGGGAGGAGGAAUUGGUAUUAAGUGCUCGAUUCAGCUAUGGCGUAUGUAGGCACGGAAUGGAAUGGUUUGGCUAUAGAUGUAAUCAAAAGAACAAGACUUAACGAGGCCGACAUGCAAAGAAAAGGCUGGGAAAAUCUUGGAAUAGAUUGCCAAAAUUCAUCUUCUCAUUCC